AUGGCCGAAGCUAGCACCAAGGUUCAGCAGAUCAUCAAGGAGAAUGCUGUCGUCGUCUUCUCCAAGUCCUACUGCCCUUACUGCCGCGCCACCAAGGACACCUUGACCAAGCUCGGUGCCGUGUUCAAGACUUACGAGCUCGACCAGCUUUCUGAUGGUUCUGCCCUGCAAGAUGCUCUCGAGCAGAUCACGGGCCAGCGUACCGUCCCCAACAUUCACAUCAAGCAGCAGCAUAUCGGCGGCAACUCCGACCUGCAGGACCUGCAGAAAUCCGGCAAGCUCGAAGACUUGCUCAAGGAUGCUGGCGCUCUCAAGGCGUAA